AUGUCCUACCGGAACGACUCGGAUAACUACGGCGGUGGAAACCAAAGCUCUGGCUUUGGUGGAAACGACUCCUAUGGGAGCUCAGACCGCCGUGGUAACAACACCAGUUCUGAGCGCAACCAUUCCAGCUAUAGCAGCAGCAACAACAAUGAGAAUAGUUACGACAGUGGCAACAAGUCUAGCUACGACAAUGACACCAAGUCCAGCUACGGAGGCAACAACAAGUCUAGCUACGACAGUGGCAACAAUUCUAGCUACGACAAUGACACCAAGUCCAGCUACGGAGGCAACAACAAGUCUAGCUACGACAAUGACACCAAGUCCAGCUACGGAGGCAACAACAAGUCUAGCUACGACAAUGACAUCAAGUCCAGCUACGGCAAUGACAACCAGUCUAGCUAUGGCAGCAGCAACAAGAACGAGAACAGCUACGGGAAUGACAACAAGUCCAGCUACGACAACGACGCCAAGUCUAGCUACGGCAAGGACAGCAAGGACAGCUACGGCAGUGGCAACAAAUCCAGCUAUGGCAGCAACAACAAGAACGAGGAUAGCUACGGCAGUGGCAACAAGUCCAGCUACGGCAAUGACAACCAGUCUAGCUAUGGCAGCAGCAACAAGAACGAGAACAGCUACGGCGGUGGCAACAAGUCCAGCUACGACAAUGACAACCAGUCUAGCUAUGGCAGCAGCAACAAGAACGAGGAUAGCUACGGUAGUGGCAACAAGUCCAGCUACGACAACGACGCCAAGUCUAGCUACGGCAAGGACAGCAAGGACAGCUACGGCAGUGGCAACCAGUCCAGCUAUGGCAGCAACAACAAGAACGAGAACAGCUACGGCGGUGGCAACAAGUCCAGCUACGACAACGACACCAAGUCUAGCUACGGCAAGGACAGCAAGGACAGCUACGGCAGUGGCAACCAGUCCAGCUAUGGCAGCAGCAACAAGAACGAGGAUAGCUACGGUAGUGGCAACAAGUCCAGCUAUGGCAGCAGCAACAAGAACGAGAACAGCUACGGGAAUGACAACAAGUCUAGCUACGGCAACGAUAGCAAAUCCAACUACGGCAACGAUACCAAAUCUAGUUAUGGCAAGGACAGCAAGGACAGCUACGGUAGCAACAAUGAUAACUAUGGCAGUCGGUCAAGUGGCCAGGGUCGUGGUGACUCGGAUCGCUAUGGCAAUUAG